AUGGCCAUCGACACGCCUGUAAAUCAGUCUCUUAGGAGAACAAUGGCCAUGCCUUCCGGUUGGGCAGACCUCCCGGACGACCUGCUGGACAUUGUCGCGAAGAGGACGCCCGGAAUCAAGGACUACGUCCGCCUCCGGGCGGUGUGCAAGUCAUGGCGCUCGUUCUUGCUCCCAAAGUCCACGCCGCCGUGGGUGAUGCUCCCGUACGACCCGAGCAGCGAGAGCUGCACCCGGGCCUUCCUGGACGUCUCCGACGGGACCGUGUACGAGCUUGAGCUGCCGGAGACCAGGGGCAAGCGGUGCUGCGGCUCGUCGCCCGGGUGGCUCGUCCUCGAGCGCUGGCCCGACGUGUGGUUGCUCAACCUGGCUAACGCGUCGUGGAGGACCCUAGCGUUCGCGCCGGGAGCGUUCACCGCCGUCGACGUGACGUACCAGGAGGGGGCGUUCCGCCUCGUCAGCCACUACGGGCGCGUCGCGGCGUUCGACCUCGUCUCGACGCUGCGCGAGGUGCCGACGCGCCGGGACGCGCUCCACGCCCUCGCGCACACGUGGGACGGCCAGUGCCUCGUCCAGCGCGGCGGUGGCAAGCUGCUGAUGGCGGCGUGGAGCGGGGGACGACGGCCGCGAGCUGGCUGUCUUCAGGCUGGGCUCUGACGGGUGGUUGAAGGAGGCAGGCGACGUCGGCGAAGACGUGGUGUUCUUGGCCUCCAAGGACGGUGGCGGCCUGGCUUUCGGCACGGCGACGUGCGUGGAUGGCAAGGGAUCCAUGUUUGAUCCGUCAAAACUGAAGAAUCUGCCAUGUUUUUUGACGACAAGCGCGAGGAGUUCAGCGUCAGUCUGCUCAGCCAAGGCAACUGA